AUGUCGACGAUUGUUAUUCUAGGUGGUUCCUAUGUUGGACUGGCGGUGGCGCAUAGUUUGCUGAAGUAUACGGCGAAAGAUGUCAAGGGGUUGAAGGUUGUGGUUGUCUCGCCGAAUACGCAUUUGUACUGGAAUCUGGCUUCUGUGCGCGCGAUUGUGCCGGGGCAGAUGAAUGAUGAGAAGGUCUUCCAAGAAAUCGCACCCGGCUUCGCAAAAUACCCCUCCGAAUCCUACGAACUCAUCGUCGGAGCCGCCACAGGCGUCGAUCCCACCUCCAAAACCGUCACGAUCAAAACCGCCUCCGGAACCUCAGAGCAGAAAUACACACAUCUGGUCAUCGCCACAGGGAGUCGCAGCGAAGGAAACGUCCCAUGGAAGAGCAAUCUCGAGGGCAGCGAAAAGACAAAAGCCGUGUUGCACGAAUACCAAGAGAAAGUGCGGAAUGCGAAGAAUAUCGUCGUUGCGGGUGCAGGACCAACUGGUGUGGAAACGGCGGCGGAAUUGGCUUUUGAGUACAAAGGGAAGAAGGAGGUUACUUUGGUCACAGCAGGCAAAACAAUCCUCCCCGGCCUCCCCCCCUCCGUAAUCAAAUUCGCAACCAACCAACUCGCCUCCCUCGGCAUCAAAACCAUCUACAGCGCGCGCGUCGAAGCAGAAUUCCCAUCCGGCAACGCCACCGAACUGGCCCUCUCCACCGGUGAGAAAAUGACUACCGAUUUGUAUCUCCCCACGAUUGGUGUGAUUCCGAAUACCGAGUUCUUGCCAAAGAGUAUACUAGGCGGCAGGGGCGAUGUGCAGGUUGAUAGUUUCCUCAAGGUGAAGGGCGUGGAGGGUGUGUGGGCUGCGGGUGAUGUGGUGGAUAUUCAAGCGAAGCAGAUGGCUUUUGCUGCGCUCCAAGCCAAAGCCCUGGCCAAGAACCUCGAUCUCGUGCUCAAGAACCAGCCUCCUGUCAAGUAUUCUACGGAUGGACCGCCUAUGAUUGCUGUUACGCUGGGACGCAGUAAGGGGACGGGUCGCAGGGGCAAUAUGAAGUUCCCUAGUAUUGUGGUUUAUUUCGUCAAAGGCAAAACCCUUUUCACGGAGAAGCUUCCAAAAUAUAUUAGUGGUGCCGAGUUCUAG